AUGGAGUCGAACACGGACUCUGCACCAGAGGAGGAAAACACUUCCACCCCGAACCUUGAGCCACGGCUGGAUUCAGUUUGCAGGGAACCUGCUUCCACUCUGCACGAGGCUGCUUGCUUGCACCAAGACGGUGUAGGAUAUCCGGCCGUGAGUCCAGAGCGAGAGGCAGCGGUAGCAGCGCCAGCGCCAGGACUGGAGGAAGAUCAGGCCCCGCAAGCCAGACGAGGGCUCCCACCGCCUGUGCCUCCCAAGGUGCCAAGCUUGGACGAGCUCUCCAAUGAUGACUUCGUGCCUUCUGAGCUGCCUGCGGUGGUGCUGUCUUCCCAGCAGGAGCCAGAGGGUGUCAUGUCGCUGAGUGCCAUCAGGACGCUCGUGGUGCAGCGCCGCAUCCACACAGCCCUGAAGCACCUGACAGACCUCUCGAACUUCGAGGACAAGGCGGAGGCCAGGCUGCUCAGGCUGCGCUGCCUGGUGGCCAUGCGCCGCUACGCUGAAGCAGCCGAGGAGUGCAAGCAGAUGGGAUCUGAAGCCGCCAGCUUUGAGGUGAGAUUUUUCCUUGCGCAGCUUCCCUGGCUCCUCCAUGCAGAUGCGUACCAAAGCAUGCUGCAGCUUAAGGCCUUGGCACAAAGUUGGUCAAGCAAAGGAGGCGAGUCCUGGGAGGAUCGGCUGGAGUUGCUUCAGGUGCUCUCUCACCUGUCCCUGGCAGUGGGCCAUGGGCGCAUGGCAGCUGCUGAGUUGCAGCGUGCAGUGUCAGAAGCAACAGACUCUGCUGGACGGCAACUUUGGUCGUUGCUAGGUAGACAUCACCUCUCUGGAGGCAACCUUACCGCUGCAGAUGCUGCCUUUGAAAAGGCAAAGACCUACACGGGCCAGGACGCCACCGUCCUCUUGAAUUCCGGGUUCCGUGCCAUGGCCAUGGGCGAAUUCCAAGCCGCCAGGGACGCCUUCGAAACGGCUGCGGCUGAUGACACGGAGGGCGCUCGACUGCAGGAGAUUUUGGCCGCAGAGAACAACCUGGCCGUUUGCAAGUUCUAUACCAAAGACUUGCGUGGCGCAUGCGAGCGGCUGAAGGCAUUGGUUACCAAAGACCCUGUUCGAUUCCUCAAGCCGUGCCUUCUGCAGAACCUCACAUCCUUGUAUGAGUUCUCGCAGGACGCUGCCGGUCUGCGGAAGGCUUUGCGAGAUCUUGCAGGCGCUGCGCAGUUGGAGGACCUGGAGCCGCGACUUUUCCAAGCACCAACGUAA